GUUUGUGGAGGAAAUGGAGAGCAGCGAGGCGCGGCGGCGGUGGACGCUGGCGCUGGUGACCGCGGCGGCGCUGCUGGAGCGCGCGGACGAGGCGCUGCUGCCGGCGGUGUACCGGGAGGUGGGCGCGGCGCUGGGGGCGUCGCCCACCGCGCUUGGCUCCCUCACGCUGUGCCGCGCGGUCGUGCAGGCCCUGUGCUACCCGCUCGCGACGUGCGCCGCGGCGCGCCACGACCGCGCGCGCGUCGUCGCCGCCGGUGCGUUCCUCUGGGCCGUGGCCACGCUGCUCGUCGGCGCCUCGGGCACAUUUCUCCAGAUGGCGUUGGCCAGGGGCUUCAACGGCGUCGGGCUGGCGCUGGUGGUGCCGGCGAUCUACUCCCUGGUGGCCGACUACAGCGACGACGCCACGCGUGGCUUGGCGUUCGGGUGGGUGGUGAUGGCGCAAAGCAUGGGCCACGCCGCGGGGAACUCCCUCGGCGUGCUGCUCGCGGCCACGAGCUUCGUCGGCGUCCCAGGCUGGCGGCUGGCGUUCUACGUCCUCGCGCUCGUCAGCGCCUCGCUCGCCGCCCUGACAUGGCUCCUCGGCGCCGACCCCCGCCCACGCACCGGGAAGGCGACGGCCACGGCCGCGCUGGCCCAGCUCGUCCGGGAAGCCAGGGACGUGGUGCGGGUGCCGACGUUCCAGAUCAUCGUGGCGCAGGGCGUGGCCGGGACCAUCCCGUGGUCGGCGCUCAGCUUCGCCGCCAUGUGGCUGGAGCUCGUGGGGUUCACGCACUGGCAGACCACGCUGAUCACCAACCUCAACAGCCUCGCCAACGCGCUCGGCGCGCUGUUCGCAGGGUUCGUCGGGGACCCGCUGGCGCUGCGGUUCCCCAACACGGGGAGGAUCGCGCUGGCACAGGUGUGCACCGCGUCCACCGUCCCGCUCUCCGCCGUCCUGCUGCUCGGGCUCCCCGACGACCCAACGGCCGGGGCUGCGUACGCCGCCGCAUUCUUCAUCUUGGGCUUCGCCAUGUCCUGGUGCCCCGUCGCCACCAACAACCCAAUCUUCGCGGAGAUCGUGCCAGAGAAGGCGAGGACGACGGUGUACGCGAUGGACAGGUGCUUCGAGUCGGUGUUCGCCUCGUUCGCGCCGCCGCUCGUGGGCAUCCUGGCGGAGCGCGUGUUCGGGUACCAGCCGGGGGCGUCCGGCACGAGCGUGGACGUCGACAGGGAGAACGCCGCCGCGCUGGGCAAGGCUGUGUUCGCGGAGAUCGCGGUGCCAAUCACCGUGUGCUGCCUCACCUACUCCGCGCUGUACUGGACUUACCCCGCGGACAGGCAGCGGGCGCAGAUGGCCGCUCUGCAGGCGGCAGCGGAGGACCAGGACUGCGACUGCGAAGCAAGUGUAGUUGCCAACGCUACUACUGCAGCAGAUGGCUUGAAUCAGGCGCUACUAACCGGGAACAGAGAAGCAAAUUCUGCAGAGUAAUGCAUGCCUCCAUGUAGAACCACUUCAGCUUUCAGGGAAUAUCUUCUUUUUUGAAAGACAGCUUUCAGGGAAUAUCUUCAUGGGGCACGCACAGUUUCAAAUGUUGUAUAUACAUAUAGGGGAGGUAUUUUACUCCAGAACAUCGUAUGUGUACGAUAUAAAAAAGUACUCCCUCCAUCCCAAAUUACUAUUCGUUUUGGCUUUCCUAGGUAUAGAACUUUUAUUACGUAUCUAGACAUAUUAUGUAUGUAGGUGUAUAGCAAAAGCUAUGUAUGUAGGUGUAUAGCAAAAGCUAUGUAUGUAGAAAAACAACAAAUAGUAAUUUGGGACGGAGGUAUUAUAUUAACUACAGCAGUGUUUAAAGUCAA